AUGACGCAGCCACCUACUUUUCCUUCUCGCUUCCUCUCCCACCCCGAUCAGCUGGGCGUCGUGGCCGUGGGCUUCAAUGGUGGACAGAUGAAAAAGGGUGUCGAGGCCGCGCCAAUGGCCCUGAUUGAGUCCGGUCUGCUUACUCAAUUGCGCGACGACCUCGACUACAAGAUCCACCACGACGACACCAUCCACUACUAUGAAAACGACAUCCCGGCCGAGGACCCCGACCACCGGGGCAUGAAGAAGCCUCGCGCCGUCAGUGCGGUCACCGAGCGUCUCAGCUCGCAGGUCUACGAGUACGCCAAGGACGGCAAGUUUGUGCUGACUCUCGGAGGCGAUCACUCCAUCGCGAUCGGAACGGUCUCCGGUACCGCCAAGGCCAUCCGUGAGCGUUUGGGUCGUGAGAUGGCGGUCAUCUGGGUGGAUGCGCAUGCCGAUAUCAACCUGCCCGAGAUGAGCCCCAGCGGCAACAUUCACGGCAUGCCCAUGGCCUUCUUGACCCGUCUGGCCCGGGAAGAUCGUCCCGACAUUUUUGGCUGGCUGAAGGAUGAGCACAUUGUCAGCACGCGCAAGUUGGUAUACAUUGGUCUGCGUGAUGUGGAUCGUGGCGAGAAGCAGAUCCUGCGAGAGCAUGGGAUCAAGGCCUUCAGUAUGCACGAUAUCGACCGCCACGGAAUUGGCCGUGUUGUCGAGAUGGCCCUGGCCCACAUUGGCAACGACACUCCCAUUCACCUCUCCUUUGACGUCGAUGCGCUGGACCCCCAGUGGGCCCCCAGCACCGGCACCCCCGUCCGUGGAGGACUGACCCUGCGUGAGGGUGACUUCAUCUGCGAGUGCGUGCACGAGACGGGCAACCUGGUGGCCAUGGACCUGGUCGAGGUGAACCCUAGCUUGGAAGCCGUAGGUGCCGCCGAGACCAUUCGCGCCGGAUGCUCUCUGGUACGAAGUGCGCUCGGUGAUACUCUUUUGUAA